GAGUGGCGACUCUGGAGCGCUGCAAAAACCGGAAGGCGUCACCGAUCUCACAGCUGUAGAAGAAGAGCGGAACGUGGAGCAGUCCUGGAUGCAGGGCGGCCGGCCAGUGGUGGAGGUGGUCCGUCUGGGCCUGGUCUCCUACCAGAAGGCUCUGCGUCUGCAGCAGGUCUACGUGAACCGGCACCAGUCCGGCCCCGCUCACACUCUGCUGCUGUGUGAACACCCGCCGGUCUACACCACCGGGAUCCGGCACAAACCCUAUCCCGAGCCCCUGCUGGACCGACUCCGCCUGCUGGGGGCCGAUGUGCACCGUGCAAACCGUGGAGGCCUCAUCACCUUCCACGGGCCGGGACAGCUGGUCUGCUAUCCGGUCCUGAACCUGGGCAGCUUCAAGAAGAGCGUGCGGUGGUACGUCAGUCAGCUGGAGCAGACCGUCAUCGCGCUCUGCAACAGGUUCGCCAUUGAUGCUACAACGUCCCCUCACACAGGAGUUUGGGUCAGAGACAAGAAGAUCUGCGCCAUCGGAAUCCACUGUGGCCGAUACGUCACGUCUCACGGUCUGGCCCUGAACUGCAGCACUGACCUGUCGUGGUUCGGCCACAUUGUCCCGUGUGGGAUUGAAGGUAAAGGCGUGACGUCGCUGAGUGCUGAGCUGCAGAGACACGUCAGCGUGGAGGAGACCAUCCCUCACCUGCUGCACGCUUUCACGGAGCAGUUCAGCUGUCAGCUGACUGAGGCCGCCCAGGACCGCGGCUGACGGGCCCCGGCUCAUUAAAGCCGACAGACAUGCUGAGACAUUAUUCUCAGUUUGGUCUGUGAGAUCAGAGAUGUCUUUCACAUAUCUGACUUUAAAUCCAGAUCUGAAUUCAUACCUUCACAAACCUCCUGAAUUUAGCUGAAUCCAAAUUUGGGAGUGAAGACUGGCUCAUAUUUGUGUUCUAAUGAUAUGCUGAGGUGUUUUCAUCCCAUGAGCUCUAAGGUAUUUAUUAAUUAUUAAUGACCUGACCUGAAACCUGAUGGAACAUAGGUAUUUUUAGCUUCUGAAAAUUGUUCUCCAGUCUCAUUUUAAAUACAUGGUUGGCUCAUUUGUAGUAAAACCCUGAAAAAUCACUGGAGAGGUGCCUCAUUUGACACUACAACUUGGUCAAAUACCAUCAUAAAAACUUGUUUUUUCCUUCUGCUGAAUCAAAGAACCCCUCUCGAGUGAAACAAAGGUUUCAAGAUUCAGUGUGAACUGUCCCCGUUUAUCCCGUCCAGACCCGACGAGUCCAGACGUGGACCUUUCCAAUCUGGACCUGCAUGACAGUAUCUCACUUUGUGCUUAUAACUGUUCUUCACAAAGGAGAAAGGAGGUGUGUUUGACAGUCUGUAAAGUCCAAAAAUGUCCCAGCAGAGAUUUGUUGUAUGGGACUGCAGAAGAUCCAUGUUCCAUUCCAGGUUUGAGGUUCAUAACGUGGAAAAAAAUGUUUAAUCCGCUGCAUUUUGUUUGCUGGAUGUUUAGGUUCAUGUGUGCAUAUUUAAUGAGUUCAAACUUUAUUUGCAUAUUUACACAUGAAUAAGUACAAUUGCAAUAAAUCAAUCAGCAUUUUUUUAGUUUCACUGUGAUCUGUUAAAUAGUGGUUUGCAGUAAAAUAUCAGGAUGUUGAUUUAAAAACUCAUCCAAAGCCUUUUUUUUUCUUUUUUUAAACUGAAACACAACAGCAGCAUCCAACUCUGUUUGAUUUCUGUGUGGAUUCUGGGGGUGGGGGGUUGCUCACACAUCACUCGGUGUGAGUGAAAGGCUUUCAGAACAUUUCAUUCCAGAACAUGUGAGCAGAACAGAUUU